GGUUCAUAAAAAUUUAAAACUUUUGUGCCAAAAUGUAUCGCGCCCAAGUUCUUUGUGUAAUUUUGUAUUUGAAAUUCUUCGCGGUGCAAACAUUUAAUUUAGCAUCAAAACCAAAUCUUUUGAUAAACGAACCGGUAAAUUAUCAGCUCAAGAAGGGCAUCGACCACAAACACAGUUCGUAUUUUGGUUACACAAUCGUUCUGCGUGAUAAAAGUAUUAUAAUUGGCGCGCCGCGAGCCCAAACUGUUCAAGCUAAUUCCGAAGCCACAGAGACGGGUGCCAUCUACAAAUACAACAUCGCCUCCAACACAAUCGAACAAAUCGUUUUCGAAAAUAUAAUGAGAUUUGAAACCUUCGACAAGUUAGAACUAAAUACAACUGAACAAUGGCUAGGAGGGGCUAUGGAUGGUGGAAGCAGGGAUGAAGAUUCCUUAAUUGUAUGUGCGCCACAACUGAAAGCCUUCCAGGAACACCUGCUUCCAAGUGCUCUGUAUAUGCAUGGCGUUUGUUACUGGACCAAUAGUACGAUUGAUAAUGAGUCUCAUAACCAAGCGACUUGGAUACUUAACCCAUUUGCGGCCAAAGGUCGGGAGUCGCGACAAUUAGCCACAAAAGAUGGGACACAUAAAUUUUUCGAUUUUGGAAUGGGUGAGCUAGGCUUUAGCGUACACAUGGCGCCAAAUAAUAGAGAGAUUAUAGCUGGCGCACCAGGCAAAUAUAACUGGGCAGGUGCGGCAAUUCAUUUUAAUAUGCAAAAUCUUAGUCCCGAUGGAUCAAAGUUAGCACAUGAAAUGUUCUCGUAUAAAGGAUAUGCAGUGGGAUCUGGCUAUUUCGAAAGCAACAAUCGGCAAAAACUUUACUAUGUGGCUACAGUCCCGAAAGGCAAUCAGCAAUUAGGGCAGGCACAAAUUUACACCAAAACACCAGCCGGUUCUAAUCAACUUCUGAGUUUAGCUGGCGACCAGUAUGGUGAAUUUUUUGGCUAUGCUUUACUGGUAGAAGAUCUGAAUGGUGAUAGAUUAGAUGAUAUCCUAAUUGGUGCCCCUUAUCGCACUGUAAAUGGCAUUUAUGAAGCAGGCGCCGUGUAUGUGUAUAUUAAUGAGGGAUUAAAAACAAAGUUGAACUUCAAACAUUCGAUAAUAGAGUCCCCUUUCCGGAGUAGAGGACGUUUCGGAACUGCGCUUAGUGCAUUGGGUGAUAUCAAUGGGGAUGGUUAUAACGACAUAGCCAUUGGUGCACCCUUUGCGGAUGAUGACGGUGCUGUCGCCAUUUACUUCGGUGGUCCAACCGGCCUAGAUGCGCAGCCCAGGCAGAUAUUGAAUGUCAGCGAUCAGUUUAUGGGUGGCAUGUUUGGACAUGGCCUCUCUAAAGGUGUAGACAUCGAUGCGAAUGGCUUUAAUGACUUGGCUAUUGGCGCACCAAACGCGGACACAGUCUUUGUUUAUCACGCCUAUCCGGUGGUGAAAAUAAACGCAACCAUACGGCCCAUGCAAAAUUUAAUUCCUACAAAUGCAACGAGUCUACAGUUUGAAAUAUGCCUCAGUAUCCUAACGAAUUCGACUAAGAUUCAGAAGCAGGAAAUUUUAUUAGAUUUGAAAGUGGAUACCAAGGAGAACCGUAUCGAUAUUUCCAAUUUUAGAAGAAUUGGACUCCGUAUAGCCGAACUUUUACCGAAUUGCGUGUUGUACGAAACCUCCCUCACAUUCGAUCCGCGUUAUGUAUUUGUUCCGAUAGUUUUCGAGCUUUCAUAUCGACUGAAGCAUGAUGCGAAAAUGUUAAGUGGCUCAGAAUUUUGUAGGGAAUGCGCUGUAGUUGACCCGCAUUGGCCGAGUGUGACAAGGACGAGUGUACAAUAUAUGCACAAUUGUACGCACGAUGUUUGCUUCGUCGAUCUGCUGCUACAGAGUGUGAACGUACCCGUUAAUCUUACACUGGGCACCACUCCAAUCCUACCAGUCAAAUACGUCAUUACGAAUGUAGGCGAAGAGGCCUAUAAUACAGAAUUGGUAAUUAAAUCCUCCAUUAAUGUACCCAUCGCCAAAUUACCAGCUGAAUGUGUGGGAGAAUUUGACGUGGGAUGGAGAGUUGUGUGCAGUUUAGCUAAGCAUCGAGCUUUUAUCGGAAAUGCCGUACUGGAACUCAGUUUCGAUUUGAGUAAUGUUGCGGGUAUUGCAGAAAUUCACAUAAGUGCAGCUGUUUCCAGCACAGGCCAUAAAAAAUCCCCGGAUAAUAAUUUCGUUUCUGAUACCGUAAAAUUGAUAACAACAGCGGAAAUUUGGAUAGUAGAGACUUCAAUGAAUGAAAUCGCAGCUAUUACAGACCAGACGCAAAAUAUCACAGUUGCGACGAGUUUUGAGAUACAAAAUAUCGGUCCAAGUCCAUUGAGUCUCUUCGACUUACUCAUUGAAUUUCCUACUGGAUACAUUGAUGAGAAAAGCACAGUGCGAAACUAUAUCAACAACAUCUCAGCUCAAGUGCACAUCAAGGAUUAUGUAUACCCUCCUUUAGUAUUUGAAACAUCACCACCCGUAUCCUCAUCAACAUUGAAUACGACGGAAAUAUUGAACUUCAAUCAUUUAACCGGAAAUCGCGCGAUUUUCCUCAACUGCCAAUCGAACGAAAAAUCGAAAACGAAAAUGUUAUGCGCUUUGAGUGACUUAUCUUUACAAUGUGGACUACAACCCGGACAAAAUAUAACGCUGGAACUAAGCUAUGAAAUCCAUUGGCCAAGCAUUGAAAACUUGUUGGUGAACAAUACAGAAUAUUUGGUACAUGUUCCUAUGGUGGAUUUGAAACCUGAUUCAAAAUUAAAUGGAUUUUUGAGCAUAAAAAGACAUCUCAAAGGUGCAGUUUUUGUGAAGAUCAAUAAACGGAAUACACUUUGGAUUUAUAUUGCUUCUAUAAUCGGCAGCGUGCUUUUGCUGGUCGGAGUGAUGUGGCUGUUGAAGAGGUUCGGUUUCUUCAAACGAGUGAGUAAAGAAGAAAUGGAAAAAAAUUUCAUAGAAAAACAAGAAAAGGCGCGCAUGAAAGAGGAACUUGAUGAAUGUGUCGCAGAAAUCGAGGAGGAGCCCGAAACUUUGGAAGAGUUUUGGGCCGAGAAUAAGUGUGCUGGCCUAAUACAGGUUUGCUUUACUUUGAAAGCUUAUCCAAAUGGUACGUUUGAACGCAAUCCAAAAAAUGGCCAACAAGCGAAGCGACGCAUGAAAUUGAAAAUUUAA